ACAUGACCUCACAAACAUCGCACCCCACUGUGUUGUUAUUACAACCUGCCGGCUUCAGUGACGCCGUUGCAAUCCAUCUCGUGUUUGAUAGUUUUGACAGCAUCGUCGCCAUCUUUGAUAUAGACAAGGACGGGGAUCUCGAUUGUUUGAGUGGUGCACGCACAUACUACGACAAGCAUUCGUCAACCGCUACCUACGUCUGGUUUCUUAAAGGUUUAAAUGGCCACAAAGCGCAAAACAUCUCGUAUGAAGUUCGUCCAGGACGUAAACCUAACCAGUUUCUCGUCAAAAAUCAAGACACCGAUGAACCUGUUCAAGAGGGCACUUACGACUACACAGACUACAAGAGCUGCGUCGUCAUGGAAAUGCCUUACAAUGACAGUGAAGAGUGCGUCCUGUGGGUCACCUGGAAUGUCGUCAACGACAUUCCGAAAGAUUGCCAAGAUCAAUACGAAGACAACUGCGACGAUGCAAAACUGGCUUAUGACCAAGAGUCCUGUGGUGCCUUCGAAAACUUCAACUAAAUAAAUCUGCCAUACUUGCCGCAACCAA